AUGGAGAAGGAAUUAAAGCAGUUUUUCAAAGGACUUAAACUGCAACUUGCAACGGCCCAAGCUUGUGGAGAAGGCCAGGUCAAAGUGGGGGAAAGACCCAGUAUCAUUUGA